AUGUCUUCCCCGCGGACCCGUGCCCCCGCCAGACAACUAAAUGACUUCGAGGAGUUAGUAUACGAAUACUCCAACCGAAUGGGCUUGGACGACAACCAAGAACACUGGGACCUCGACUCCUCCAGCAACAUCCGAUUCGAGUCCGCAACCCGCGGGCCCCCAGCGCGCGUUUCAUUCCUGUUCACCGUAUCGCCCAAACUCUGCAAUAUGUUAGGCAACCUGCACGGCGGAUGCGCGGCCACCCUGAUCGAUGUUCUCUCGACCUGCAUCUUGCUGGGGGUGUCGAGUCCGGGCCAUUUCGGGCUGGGCGGCGUCAGUCGGCACCUGAAGGUUACGUAUCUGCGGCCGGUGCCGCAGGGGACGGAGGCGCGGUUGGUCUGCGAGAUCGUGCAUGUGGGUAGGAGGUUGGCGUUGAUGAAGGCGGAGAUCUCGAGGGCUGAUACCGGGGCGCUGUGUAUCGUGGGGGAGCAUGAGAAGGCGAAUACGGAUCCUGAGGCUGGGGGGAAGGUCUAG